UCGAGGUAGGUGCGCUCGUUCUCCGCGUCACGAACCAACGCUCUUUCCUCCGCGAUCCUUUAAAAUCUCCAGGAGAACCGCCGACCCGAAGAGUGGGGGUAGUACACCCCGUUUUCUUCUCGAACAAGCUUUCAGUGUUGAUUCGCGGUGCACGAGUUUCGCGUUAACGAUCGAGGAAACACGGUACUGCGAGUGUCGCAGCGCCGUGUGGACUCUGCUGCAGUCAGUGAUCGUGCAGGCUUCUGAGAGCAAAGGGGUAAGAGAAAAGGGAUGAUCGUAGGUGCGCGCGCGAGACAGCAUCUUACGGUUCCCCAUGAAGAUACUGGUUGCUGGUGAAGGAACUGACAGGACGGUGUACCGAUCGGUAUACAGACUCGUCGAGGAACUUCAGAGUUUGGGAAAGGACGACUGGUGGGCACCUUGACGAACUUCGAACUGCAAACUGCAAACUCCUAAGUUUGCACGACGGCCGAAGGGUACGAUCCUCCACGGAACAGUCUUCGAGUCUUCCUUAAAUCUAUCUAGGAUACAGCGAUCAAAGUGUUUGUAACAAAUGAAGAAUACUCCUUGACGCCGGCGUGUAACGCAAUACUUCAAAUUCAGCCCAUAACUAUUCAUCACUACGCGUACACAGCGCUGAAACUAUCACGUCGAGCUCCCUUCGAGCACCGAAUGAAAAAUUACGCGUCAACAUCCAUUGCCUUCCCUUCAACGAUGAAGUGUUUAUUCCAAAGCCUUGGGAAAACAGUAUGAAAAUGUUGCAAAUCUCUCUCUCGAUAAAUUAUACCAUUCAUCAUAAAUUGUAGGCGAAAAUGUUUAUUCGAUAAAAAUUUAUCGAACAAAGAGUGGUUUGUCAUCGUCUGAUAGAUGACUUUUUAAUCAGUUCGCUUUGGAAAUGUUUUAUCAAGAAUUUGCUACUGUUUAGGCUAUUUUUUGCAAUUACUGUAAUUUCGCAAACGGGCGUGAUUUUUUUAAAUAAAGGAGAUAGAACAAGAAACGGCAGAAGAAAACUUUCGAUUGGAGAUACAUGCGAUAAGACUCGGGUGGAAAUAAGUUAUUGCCGUUACUUCCACUGCAUUAUCGAUGAAAAGUGUUAACGGACGAAUCCAGUGCCAACCGAUUUCCAAUAUCGGCUUCGUCACGAACUUUCGCACAUAACUUUGAGAAUAACGAUGUAUAAAGGGGAACCUUGAAAUAAAGGAGAGAACAAUAAUUUGUCUUUCCGUCAAAACCGGAUUUUCACAAGUUUCUUAGUCGCCAGCCAGAUUUUCUUGAAGAAUAUUUUUAAAUAAAGGCGAUCUUUCGAGUGACAAAAGAAAAAUUCUUAACAUGACGAAAACAUUAUGAAAUUUCUAAAUCGUUAAAGAACAGGACUGUGAUUUUAAUAUUUGUAAAUAUCUAAUAAUAAAACUUAUAACCGAAGUACAGUCCUUCGGAUACUCACGAAGCGAUUUAAAGUGCUUCAACUCGGAAGAUUUUUACUCCAAAGAUAUAUACCAUUAAAAUAACGUUAUGAAGUGUAAUAAUAAAGUGACCAGAAGCGCCAUUAAGUUCUGACAUAUCGAUUAUGAUUAAUAACCAAGAGUUUUAAAUUUAACAUUUAAAAACACACACACACACGCACACAGAAAAAUAUUAAAACAAGGAGGCAAAAUCUAGUGAGAAAAAUUUUAGAAAUAAAUACAUCAUCAAGUUCUAUCGUCAUCGUCGUGAUCAAAUCGAUCCAAACGAAUCCUUGAGACAAAACACAAGAGAAAAGAAGAGAUUAAAAUAUCAAAACGAAACGUACCAAAAAGCUUUGAUUGCUGGUGCUGGGAUGCCCCCAUGACAAAAGGGAGUCACGUGGUGAUGUCUUGUUGUUGUUGGUGUUGCGACAACCUCGGCAGUGCCGGUUCUUCAAGUGCUGGUGCUGGGGGUGUUGUUACUGGUGCAUCUGGUGGCAGUGUUGUAGUUGGUACUAACGCCAAUAACGCCGGUGGUAGUGGUCUCGGUAUUGCUUCCGGUCUUUCUGCGAUGCUGUCGUUGGUAGUCGUCACCGUCGCUAUCAGUACAGGAGAGUGGCUUUUGACGGAAGAGAAACUACCGAAAACUUCAUCGAAUGCUUCUGUGGAGCCUGACAGCAAAGUUACGUACAGUGGUCUGUGGAGAGUCUGCGUUGCUAUAAGCUCCCGCAUGGAAUACGAAUGCUCGAGCAUCGACUAUUUUCCAAACGAGGAAUACAGCCCAGAUCCCAGCGAUUCAACGAUGGCAAUACCAUAUGCAGUUACCAAGUCGGCAAUGUUCUUCUUCGCUGCAACAUCGCUGCUGGUGGUAGCCGAAGUUUGUUACUUCACGGCUCACGUUACUCACCCGAGACACAGACUUUGCGUCUUUGUCGCCGGCGUAGUCUUCAUAGUUUCCGGUUUGUUAAUGCUGGUAGGAAUGGUGAUGUACAUAUCUGUGUUCAAAGCUGAAGUUGGUAGCAAACUUAGACCAAGGUCGUCGUUUCAGGGACCACCCUUCACCUACAGGUACGGAUUCUCAUUCUUGCUGUACGUGAGUGGCUUCAUCACGACCGAGGUCGCUGGCACUUACGCCAUUUUCUUGUAUAUUUCUUGGCACCAGAAAGAACUGCUACGGAGAGAUUCCAGGCGAAAAAAUUACGGGGGCGUGUAUCACUUGGACAAUCACCACGUGCAUCAUGCAAAUCACGCGACUAUAGGCCACAGUGGUUUCCUCUGUGAGAGGCAUCAGAAAAGAUACUUCUUCGGCAGGGAUUCAGUAGAUCAUGUCGACUUCGAUGAGUUCUUACCGCCGCCUCCGAAUUUAGAAUAUCACGACCACUUUUCCAGGCAAUUUCCUAGGGACCUCACCACACAGACGGUCAGUACGACAGCCGAUGUUCUGCAGGAAGAGGAAGAAGAGUACAGUCCCAGUGUUCAACACGAAUUCGUGACGUUUGAUCUUGACGAACCUCUACCUCCCCCACCACCAGUUAGGGGUGGUGAAUGGACCUUCGACACAUUGAGAAAAACGACUCCCGUCUGAUAUACCGUUAGAUACGCGAGACUAGUGCAAAGCGUUGAAAGCGACGAGGAGGACGAAGCGGAAACCGAGGAAGACCACGACAUAGCUGACGAUUAAACAAAUCGACUCGCUUUUUAAUGAGAUACCUGAUACCUUACAACCGAGGAUCGGAUAGCUUUCAUCGUUCAAACUCCAGCAGAAAGCCACACAAAAGCAGACACUGAAGCAACGAGACUUGGGGGUCGAUGGAUUAUCGAAUUUCGGAAUUAAUAACUCGCCGAACUCCUGUUUUACACAACGUAACUCUGUAGCUCAAGAUCGUGAUCAGGGGAAAAGUGAAGGGGGGAAAAACAUAAAGCACAUAAUCCACGAGUAAGGAUAAAGUGAAGCAGUAACUAUUAAUUAACAUGUUCGAUUUCUCAAUUUAUUUUAUUGUGUAUUUUUCUAUUCCAUAUUCUUUUUUUUUUCUCUAUUGAGAAGAACACGAAGAACAUUUAAAGAUGAUAAAUGAUGACUCGGUGAACGUGAAACUUAAAGUAUGGACUAAGAUUGAAGAAAAUGAAUCGAGAACAAAAUCUCGAUCCUUCUUUUAAUAAUUUUAAUCAGCUAAAACGACUGCCAGCCUUGAUCUUCCAUUAUUAAUCGCAUAUGAGAUGAAUAUGAUAGCUUUGUUGAAACGAACCGUCCCAACGUCGUUGAAAGAAAAAUAAAAAUUCCAGAAUGCGGGAAAGAGCUUAAUAAUUAUUAAUUUAAUGAUCGUUAAAUUUGUAUUCGUAUGGAAGUCGUUGAUGAUAAUAUGUUUAUGUGGUCUGUAGAAUUUUUAGCAGGUAAAUAUUACAUAGAAAUAUUGUGUAAUACUGUCGAAUUCGUAAAAAAGAAACAUUCAUCGUUUUAUAUUCUGACUGUUAAUGGGAUUGUCAUUUUCUAGUCGUUAGGAUUGUUUGUAUUCCUUCCUCGGAUAGAAUUUGUAUGGAAAGGAAUUAAGCGAAAGUUUCCUAAAAGACUGCUACAUACAUCUAUCGUAAUUGAAAGCAAUCGAAACUGUAAAUUGAUUAAAUCUAUAGUUACAUAAGCAUUAGUGUGUUUACAGUAAUCGAAUAUCCAAGGUUUUACUUUUAAUACU